CACAUUCAAAACCUUGAAACUAAUACUUGCCACAGCGUAUCCCUCAUCAGGAAUAAUCGGUGGAAUAUGAAACCAAUUAUACCCGAACAAUACCUUUUUUCCCUUGACUAAAUCUCUGAAAUCGUUUAGACACUCAGGAGUUAUUAGACAAGUGCGUCAAAGCGCCGAGAGCCCUCCCAUCACCAGAUUCCAUCCAGCCGGCCCCUCUUAUUGGAGGACGUAGGGCACCAGAUUAGCCGGUCUAAAUCAGGGAAGGCCUGACGACCCCAAAGGGUGCGGAAAACCUGCACAUUGGAAUUCUAUUAACUCAUUCCUCACCGACUCUUCUAUGAAUCCUACAAGCCUACCAUGAGACCAACCCUCUGGAAUAUCGCAACAUUAAUUAAAAACUUUAAUUAAAAAAAUGCACAGUCAUUUUGGGGGGCAGUACGAGAACAACCAACCCCCAGUUAUAAUGAUAACCAAUGAACUUGGGCCUGAUAUAUUUACAAUGAAUAUGCAGUACAGAAAAAUACAACAGAAUUACUAUUAUGGAAAAGCAAAAGCCCAUAAAAGGACAAAGGUUUUUAGGAGGUUAUUUUGGGCCAGAGGAGAACUUUAGCCAAUGAGGGCAAAGGGGCCGGAGCCCGGGCCCCUGAGGGCCCCCUCCUGUCUGCUCCUGAGGCUAUAUCUGGUGGUGAUGACAAUGUACUGUCAGGGUGAGGCAUAAAGCUGCCCCACACAUCACCCUGAACAGAGGGAGAGGGAGAGACACAGAGACAUAAACACAUAAAGAGAGAAGAGCUAUUGUCAAGCUCACUUGGAUAUCAAACCAUGUACUCUAACAUGACUAUUGUGAGACCAGCGUACUUUAUUAUCAAUGGCUUUUCAGGCAUCCCUCAUGUCAACUACUACUUUUUGUUUUUACUGGUGCUGUACAUUGUGUCAGUGGUGGAAAACGGGAUAGUGAUGGCCUUGAUAUGCUUAGACCGGAGUCUCAAGACUCCAAAGUAUAUUGCUGUGUUUAACUUGGCGUUUGUAGAUGUGCUCGGCAACUCCGCCCUGGUGCCCAAGGUCAUUGACACGUUCUGGUUCAACCACAAGAACAUCACAUACAGCAAUUGCUUAACCUACGAGUUUUUUAAUUUCAUGACCAUCACCAUGCAGUCUCUUAAUCUGGUUGUACUCUCCUUCGACAGGCUAGUGGCGAUCACCUUUCCAUUACGUUAUCAGAUCAUUGUGAGUCUGAAGACCAUGUCCUCACUGGUGGCCUCUUUUUGGAUUAUCGGCAUCCUUGUCAACUUGACAGCUGUAGGGCUUCUAACACGGCUGUCCUACUGCAGGUCUGUUGUUAUCAACAGCUAUUUCUGUGACCAUGGGCCACUUUAUCGACUCGCAUGCAAUGACAAUCUGCCUAAUUCUAUACUUGCCAAAGUGUUAGUUGCUUUUAUUCUUUGGGUUCCAUUGAUGUUUGUCUUGAUCACUUACAUGUGCAUUGGUGCAGCAUUGGCUAAAAUUGCUGGAGCACAGGACAGAAUGAAGGCUUUCAAAACAUGCAGUGCUCACAUGAUGUUGGUGACCAUUUAUUACCUACCUAUUAUAGUCGCAUUUGCCUUUGCCGCUAAAAUGCCUCCAAAUAUCAGGAUCAUUAAUAUGUCUCUUACUGCAGUCCUGCCCCCAGUGUUGAACCCACUCAUUUAUGUUCUACAGACUCAGGAAAUAAAACAGUCUCUUAAAAAGGUGUUCAAAAGACUGAAGCAAUUAAAAAUGUAGUUAUAAUGGAAUAUCAACAUGUGAUCAUUUAACCUAUUGUACUGUAUUUUAGUGUAAAUCCUUUUGAUUGGUUUAUCGUUUCAUUUUUGGAUUGAACGUGGGAUUUACAUGCAGCUACGUAAAUGUAAUCAACUACUACAAUAUUAAUAUAUGUUGGUUAUAAAAAGUCACUCCUUCCUGAGAGUACUUUAAUUGUAAGGCAAAGCAUUUUUUAUGUUUGUCAUUACAUUAACCAGUAGGUUGUUGG